AUGUUGAAAAUUCCAAAUUCCCCGAAUCUGAAUUUGUAAGAAAAUCCUCAAAAAAAUCGGCGAAAGUUUUCAAAAAAUAAAAUAACUUAAACUCAUCCAAAAAUCAGGAAAUGUUCAAUUUUUGUCAAACUGGUUUCUUUCAUAAGAAACUUUUUUUUUACCAGAAAAUAAUUUUGAAAUCAUUUGUGAUGAAUAAUUAUGGAUUUUCAAAGUUUCAAUGGUCUAGAUUCAAAUUUUCGACUGAUUGUGAACAACAAGUUUAGAUUUUCAAAUUAAUUCUGAAUUUCGAAAUAAUCUAUGAAAUCGCCUACUUAUUUCAGCUUUGAAAUCAUCGAAAAGUGUUACUAUAGCCCUCAGAAGUUCGCACAACUCGAAAGAAAUAUACAAUUUUUGGUUUUCCAGUCAAAUUCGAUUUUUUUCAGAUUCGAAUGCCGAUUCGAUCUCUCACCAAAAGCGUUUUGCAGUUUUGAAUGGCAAUAUGAUUUGGACAUUGAUUUUGGUAUGGAAACGGGAAUUAAAAUGGAAUGUGAUUGGGAGAGAGAGCACGAGAAAAUCAAGAGGAAGUUUGGAUUGAACUCUAAUGAGGAUUAUAUUUAUAUAUCGAAAUAUGAAUUAUUAUUCGAAUAUGAAAGAUGA